AUGGCGCCCCUCAAGCAGAUGCUGCUGGCUCUUGCCUGUGUGGCAUCUUCAGUCGCAUUCGACAUCACCGUUGCCUCAUCCGGUGGUAACGCUACCAGCGGCCACCAGUAUGGCUUCCUCCACGAGGAUAUCAACAACUCUGGCGACGGCGGUAUCUACGCCGAGCUCAUUCGCAACAGAGCCUUCCAGUUUAGCGACCGCUACCCCGUCAACCUUGACGGCUGGCACGCCUUCAACGGCGCCAGCCUCCAGCUGAGCAACCUGAGCGAGCCCCUCUCCGAUGUCCUCCCAGUCUCAGUGAACGUGGCGGCCGGCAACUCGUCUGGUGUCGUCGGUCUCUCCAACGACGGCUACUGGGGCAUCGAUGUCAAGAAGCAAAAGUACACUGGCUCGUUCUGGGUCCGCGGCUCCUACGAGGGCAAAUUCACCGCCUCGCUGCGGUCUGACCUCAACGAAGACGUCUUUGGCUCGGUGGAUGUGGCAUCCAAGGCCGUUGCUGACGACUGGAUCGAGCAUGAGUUCGAGCUCAUCCCGACCAUGGAUGCACCGAACAGCAACAACACCUUUACCCUCACCUUUGAUUCAGAUGGCGCUGCAGACGGCUCGCUCGACUUCAACCUGAUCAGCUUGUUCCCGCCCACGUACAAGAACCGCAAGAACGGUCUCCGUGUGGAUAUCGCCGAGUCUCUUGCUGGACUCCAUCCUUCGCUUCUUCGCUUCCCCGGAGGUAACAUGCUCGAAGGCAACACCAACAAGACCUGGUGGGACUGGAAGGAGACCCUUGGCCCUCUCCGCUACCGUCCUGGCUUCCCUGGCGUGUGGGGGUACCAGCAGACUCACGGUCUGGGUCUGCUGGAGUACCUGCAGUGGGCUGAGGACAUGAACCUCGAAGUCGUCAUUGGCGUCUGGGCUGGCCUUGCCCUGAACGGCGACAUCACUCCCAAGGACAAGCUCCAACCCUUCAUCGACGAUGCCUUUGACCAAAUCGAGUUCAUCCGCGGCCCUGCUGACUCCAAGUGGGGUGCCCGUCGUGCUGAACUUGGCCACCCUGAGCCCUUCAAGCUCGACUACGUCAUCGCCUCGGGCGCCAGUUCCGACGGCCACGACAUCCCGGCCCCGGCCAUCGGCGACUACCACCCGUACCGCACGCCCGACGCGCUCGUCGACGAGUUUGACCGCUUCGACAACGACGUCGGCCACAUUGUCGGCGAGGUCGCCGCCACCCACCCCAACGGCGGCACCUCCUGGGAGGGCGGCCUCCACCCCUUCCCCUGGUGGAUCGGCACCGUCGGCGAGGCCGUCUCCAUGAUCGGCUAUGAGCGCAACGCCGACCGCAUCCCCGGCACCUUCUACGCGCCCGUCCUGCGCAACAUGAACCGCUGGCAGUGGGCCGUGACCCUCGUCCAGUUCGCCGCCGACGCGGCCCUCACCACGCGCUCCACGAGCUGGUACCUCUGGGAGCUCUUCGCCGCGCACCCCAUGACCCAGACGCUGCCCGCCGAGGGCUCCUUUGACCCGCUCUUCUACGUCGCCGGCAGGAACGAGGACGCCGGCAGCUUCAUCUGGAAGGGCGCCGUCUACAACACGACCGACAGCGCCGACGUGCCUGUCACGGUUGCCUUUGAGGGCGUCGAUGCCGGCGCCAAGGCUCUCCUGACGGUGCUCUCGAACCCGAGCGCCGACCCGUAUGCCUACAACGAUCCCUUCACCGGCGUGAACAUUGUGGACACGGAGGUCAUUGAUCUCGUGGCGAACGAGGAUGGCGUCUUUGAGUUUACGCUGCCCGAGUUGUCGGUUGCUGUGCUCGACACGGAUACGAAGCGCAAGUGCAAGCGGGGGUUGCAGCGACAGUGA